UCAAGAAUGACAUCAAAAUACAAAACAAAUGCAAGAGGACAUUGAAAAUGUAUUUUAUUAAGAGAUGGUUACACUGGCGUCAAAUCCGAACUCAUUUAUGCACAUUCGCCGUAGCCGUGAGUUUCUCAAGCACAUGGCGAAUACCAAGACACUCCUUCCGCUAUGGAGGACUGCUGACUAGCCUGGUAUAUACCAUAGCUAUGGCAGUGGUAGCUACAUCUGCGGUGUUACUGCAACUUGCUCUUGGACAGUUGAGUCAACAAGACGCGGUAGGGGUAUGGAGAGCGGUGCCUUUCUUUACUGGGGUUGGAUACAUAAAGCUGCUGACAGCGCUUCUCUACUCAAUUUGUUCUAUCAGCUACCUGGCUGUCUGCGUUACGUACUUCUUCUACACUUUGAACAACUACAGCGAGUAUUUCAACUGUGCUAAUACUACAGAUGGAUAUUUGGUGGAGAAUGUUACAGUUUUCAACACUACCACGUGUUACAAUGUAACAAUACUGUCGUCAGUGAAGGAGGAGCCAGAGUAUUACGUGGCUAUGGCGCUUAUUGUCAUUGUCCUAUGGCUGCUGUUUCCUUUUGUCCUCUACAAUCCAAUAAAGUGGAUGAAAAGGAUUUUCUUUGUCUUCGGUCCAGCAAUCUUCCUUCUCGGAGUGAUAGUAGCAUCUUGCCUUGCUUAUAGCUUAUCUGGGUUUGGUAUGAUAGACUGGGGUAACUUAGCUCAACCAGGGGUGUGGUUUGCGGGGGUAACCCAGGCUUUGCUCUCGUCCCAGGUUGCUACGGGUUACUUGGUUUCUGCGGGGGAUUCCGUAUACGCGAGCACUGAUGUGGAGUGGGCUACAUUAGAGAUCGUUGGUAUAAACAUAAUCACCUGCUGGUGUGGAACAUUAUUCUGGUUCAGUAUACGAGGAGACACAAUGAUAGAAGACAGUAACUUUGCUGUGUUAGCUCAAACUCUACAUUCUGCUAUAGACAAAGAGCUCGCAGGGAUCUGGCCUGUCCUCAUAUUGUUUAUGUUGAUUCUCUCUGGAAUUAUUACUAUGUUAACACUUCUCUACCCAGCAUACGAGAGAAUACGUAGAGUGGGUGGCAGUAAAUGGCGCUACUAUACAGUAGCUGGCUCGGUAGUGGCCGCCGCUGUAACGUUGUCAGUGCUAGCACUGGGCCAGAGUCUAGUCGUGCUAGCUGAAGACGUGAUAGCGCCGAUGCUAGUAGCUGUCUCCACUGUGACGGAGAUAUACGCAUUUGUGUUUGUUUAUGGUUGGAAAAACUUACUUGAAGACGUUGAAUUCCUCACAGAGCGGAAGUUUCUUAUCAUUUGGAUGUACGGCUGGUGUUUAGCUCCGGUCAUCAUCAUACCGCUUACAAUAUGGUGGGCUACCAGCUGGCUAGCCCGACCAAACUGGGAUGACCCGCCAUGGGAAGCUAGCGGCCUAGUGACAGCGGUCUCUCUGUCCCUGGUCGUCAUAACAGCUCUAGGCGGCGUGGCCAUAGCGAAACAAGUACAAUACGAUAUUGUCUCGAAAAUAAAAUCAGCAUUCAAACCGUCAAGACAUUGGGGUCCAAGGGACCCGAUAACCCACUACUACUGGCUGUCACGACGCGAGGGACCUGUAGACAACUUAACCCGUACAAGAUAUAGAAGACGGAAAUUAGGACAGUUCUCUAAUAAUUCCAGUGUGUUCAAUAUUCUACAGGAUAGUGAAGUAAUCGUUAAAGACAAGAGGAGAUCGAACUCAGAUGAUCUCUUGUUUAUACAGAGGAGACAAGAGAUUUCAGAAUCGAACGAGAAAAGGAGAUCUAAGUCUUUAGACUGGUCGCUAAGCGAAAAAACAUUACAAUAUUCUGGUCAUGAUGAGAAAUUUACAAAUAUGUGAAGUAUUACAAGGAAAACACGAAAAGAUGAAACGAACUGUACCUACAUGAUUUCUGAUUUAA